AUGGGCGGUCGCAUGAGUCAUGAGGCGGCGCCCGUGAAGACGUGGGGCUCGCCCGACGAGCACGUCGUGGUUGUGGAGGACACCAAGGCGCUCAAGCAGGCCGUGCACGACGAGAUGGAGCUCAUCGGCUGCGGGUUCCACCAGCAUCGCGUCGUGACUAUUUUAGGGUUCGGGAACGUGGCCGACGCAGUGGAGAUCCUGGCAAUUGGCUACAUUUUGACCGUGUAUGAAGAUACAGAAGGCGAGAUGACGCCAUGGGAGUCGAGUUUGCUGACUGCUGCCGUGUUCGCUGGGAUGCUGGGCGGUGGGUUGGUGGGCGGCGUGGCUGGAGAUCUCUACGGUCGCAAGCCAGUUCUGCUCAUGACACUGGCCAUUAAUGCCAUCGCUGCCUUCAUGUCGGCCUUCUCGCCGAACAUUUACUGGCUCAUUUUCUUCCGAGCUCUGGCGGGUCUGGGCGUGGGUGGAGUGGUGGCCUCGCUAUUUGCUUUGUGCCUGGAGCACGUCCCGGUGUCGGCACGAGGUCGAUAUGUCACGAUUCUGUGCUCCUUCUGGAUGGUGGGGGCGGUGCUGACGGCGGGCACGGCGUGGAUCAUGCUGGGCAAGUACAGUAACGGGGAACGGAUACUGCAGCUGUCGUGGCGCUGGUUCGCUGGAGUGGUGGGGCUGCCGUCCUUCACGUGCUUUAUGCUGGCCUGGGUGUAUGUCCCUGAAAGCCCCCACUUUUUGGCGAGUAAGGGUGAUGCACAAGGCGCGUCGGCUGUGCUGCAGUAUAUUCAUCAAGUGCACAAGAGUGGGCGGCACAUUCAACUCAAGUUUUCCAGUGGCGAAAACAAUGAGAAUGGUGAUAGAGAGGAUAAAGCGAACUCGCAUAGUGCAGUGUGCAGUCGAGACAGUUUGCGCGUUGUUGUACGCUUGUUUAAGCCACCUAACGCAGGACCCACGCUGCUGUUGAUGUUGUGUGGGUUUUCUCUGAGUUUCGGCUCGUACGGUCUUUCAACGUGGAUCACGAAGUUAUUCGAGAGUGCUGGGCUGUCGAACCCAUUUGAGAAUGCGUUCCUGUUUGCCGGGGCUAAUCUACCGGGUAAUAUUGUCAGUUUGUACCUUAUCGAUAUUAUCGGGCAUCAGCGCCUGCUGUCGGGCGCACUCUUCAUGUCAGGUUUCUGCGCACUGUUGUUUGCAUUCAACGUGGAGGGCUCGAAGACGAUCAUUGUACUAGUCUCCUGCCUCUUUAACGCCUGUACAACGGCAGCUUGGAAUGGAUUUGGAGUUCUUUCGGCUGAAAACUUCCCGCAGGAGCUCCGUACGACGGGCAUCUCGGUGGUAAAUUGCUCGAAUCGCGUAGCUGCCAUCACAGCACAGUUCGUGAACGGUUUCCUCAUGGGCCCACCGCCGCAUCUCGUGGCUCUGCUGUUGGUCACAACAACCGUCAUGGUUUCCGGUGGUAUAGCCUCGCGCUGGAUCGCGCAUGGUGGCGACGACGACAUCGAUGCUAUCAGCAAAUCAGACAGCGGUGAAGACUUGGAGGCGGACGAAGAAGGCGUAUCGAGUCUGCGCGGUGGAGGCGAUGAAGGAGAGCACGCCGGUCUCAUUCAACACGACGUUCUUCUGCACGAGAAGAAGCAUUCGCCCCAGCGAGAUGGUACGAAAGCAGGGUCGCCAGCCAGCGACAAGCAACUGGUUCAGCGAACAUCCGCGGAGCGGCAGAAUAAUGCUGCUGAUUAA